AUGGCCAAGUCCAAGAACCACACCACACACAACCAGUCCCGGAAAUGGCACAGAAAUGGCAUCAAGAAACCCCGGUCACAAAGAUACGAAUCUCUCAAGGGGGUCGACCCCAAGUUCCUGAGGAACAUGCGUUUUGCCAAGAAGCACAACAAGAAAGGCCUGAAGAAGAUACAGGCAAAUAACGCAAAGGCCGCGAGUGCACGUGCGGAGGCCAUCAAGGCCCUGGUGAAGCCCCAGGUGGUAAAGCCCAAGGUGCCAAAGGGCCCCAGCCGCAAACUCACCCGCCUUGCUUUCAUCGCUCACCCCAAGCUUGGGAAGCGGAUUAGAAGCUACAUGGCCAGGGGGCGUAGGCUCCAAAAAACAGAGGCCUCAGCUGCAGCUCAGGCUCCCAAAGGUGCCCAGGCCCCUGUGAAGGCCCCAUAA